AUGUCAACACUCGGCACGAACUUUCGGGGUUCAGGGUUUAGGGGUUUGACUCUGGCUCGCCCAUUUGCAACGUUUGAUGCCAAGCUAUAUGGCCUACGGAGGUGGCAAGGGUGCACACUCUCUGCAGCAGCAGCAGCUGCUGUUUUGUCUGUGAGCAGCACCCCUGCUGCUGCUGCUGCUGCUGCUGCUGCUGCUGCUGCUGGCGGCUCCUCUUUUUACCUCAUCAGCAGCAGCGAAGGACCAGUUUUGCUGCUGCUGCUGCAGCCGCCACAAAUAAGGCAGCCCUCUGCAGGUGCACGAGCGCUGGCCUUGCACUCCAGCGCUUUCAGGCAGCAGCAGCAGCAGCAGCAGCAGCAAAAGGUCCCUUUGAAGCAGCAUACCGAGCAAGCGAAAGGCGAGCAGCAACAGCAGCAGCAGCGAGGGCAGCAGGAGAAGCAGCAGCAACAGCAGCAGCAGCACCGAGAGAAACAGCAGCAGCGGCCGGACUCAGCCAUAAUUCCUUUCUGGGUCUUUUUUACAAAAAAUGGCUUACGGCAGCAGCAGCAGCAGCAGCAACGGCAGCAGCAGCAGCAUUCUGUCUUUGGAAAGAGCAGCAGCAGCUUAAGGACACUAACCUGCGAGAAGGGCAACAGCGGCAAACACGAUGCCGGGAUCGUUUUGCUGCCUCUCUGCUGCAGCAGCUUUUUCUGUCGCCUUGCAGAAGCAAAAGUCCCCCAAUCCGCCACUAUUGCUGCUGCUACUGCUGCUGCUGCUGCUGCUGGUGCUAGAAGAAAUCCUGCUAGUGCUCUUCUUCUCCUGGUGGCACAAGGGGAAUUUACUCCCAUGCCCAAGCCACUAGACAGCAAAAAGCUGCAGCAGAACAGUUUGCUGCUGCAGCAGCAGCAACGCCAAGGGCAUGCCCUUCUUUUGUCUGUCUUUGACAAACUAUCAGAUUUUCCUGCAAGCCCCCCUGCUGCUGUUGCUGCUGCUGCCGCUGCUGCUGCUGCUGUUGCUGCUGCUGCUGCUUGUAUCACUUUGCACUGUUACUCCUGGCGAAGCUGCUGCUGUUGCUGUUGCUGCUGCUGCUGCUGCUGCAGGUACAUUUUUGGCAUACGAAUUGGGCGUUGCGAUUCCUUGCUGUCUCUGCUGCACAAGCCUUUAAGCGCAGCAGCAACAGCAGCAGCAGCAGCAGCAAUUGCUUACCCUCCGUGUCCGUUGACACUGGUUUUCUUAAAGGCGCUGCAGCAAAUGCAUGCAGCAGCAGCAGCAGCAAAAGCAGCGGGGCCCCACACCGGCGGCUUGCUGCUGCCGCAGUGGCGGCUGCAAUACUCUGUGCUGCGCCAGAGAGGCAGCAACCGUGCUGCUGCUGCUGCUGCUGCUGCAACAAUCUGUAUCUAUCCGGAAGAAGCACUGCGUAUGAUAUGCCAGGCCCACUUGCCACGCGGAGAAGUGUGCGGAGAAGAUCAGUCUGGAAGACAGAGGCAGCAGCAAGUCACGAAGUGCCACCGUGCAGGGGCCCAGCAGGAGUUGGGCCACUAUGAGCAGCAGCAGCGGCAGCAGCAGACGUGGCAGCAGCAGGGAGCAGCAGCAGCAGCCACUGCUAGCGCGGCUGCUGCUGCUGCUGCUGCUGCUGCUGCUGAACAAAGGCGGCAAAGGAGACUGUCUUCUUUGGAAGCAAACAAUGAGGCAGAUGCAGUUGACACUCGCUCUGCACUUCGAGGGUCGCCAGUUGCUGCUGCUGCUGUUGCUGUUGCGGCUGCUGCUGCUGCUGCACGGCCUGGUGCUGCAGCAGCGACGGCAGCAGCAAUAGCAGCAGCGAACUGCGGAGCCACGUCAGCCAUUUCGAAAGGCUCGGCAGCUCAGACACAAGAGGAGCUGCAAUGGGCAGUCAGACCCAGCACGCCCAAGCAGCAGCAGAAGCAGCAGCAGCGGAAGCAGAUGCAGCAGCAGCAGAAGCAGCAGCUGCUGUUACACGACCUGCUGCUGCAGCAAAAAAAAUCAACGGAAGAAGGGCUGCUGCUUUUGCCAGCAACAGCCGCAUGCCGCCACGACCUGCCCCUCCUGCUAUCCACUCAGCAGCAGCAACAGCAGCAGCAGCAGCAGCAGCUGCUGCUGCUGCAGAAUCCAGCUGAAACAGAGGGCCCCUACCCCAAGUGCUGGGGCGCAGCCAUAUCACUUGCUUCUGUGGAAUAUGUGCUGCGAGCUGAGGGGGCGCCACCCCCCAUGCCCUUGUCGCAGCUGCUGCAGCUGCAGCAGCAGCAGCAGCAGCAGCCGCAGCAACAGCAGCAGCAGCAGCAGCAACAGCAACAGCAGCUGCAGCAGCAACAGCAGCAGCAACGCCCGCAAAGACAUCUAUACGGAGAAAGCAGGCAUCUCGCAGGAGCUGCAAAGACAUCUGAAGAGAUAACAGACCCGCAUGCAGCGCACUGGCGUGAUUUCUUGCUGCGGUCUAAAGCAGCGAAGCAGCAGCAGCAGCAACAGCAGCAGCAGCAAGAGCAGCAGCAGCAGCAGGAGCAACAGCAGCAGCACCAGCAGCAACAGCAGCACCAGCAACAGCAACAGCAGCAGCAGCAGCAGAAGCAGGAGCAAGAGCAGCAGCAGCAGCAGAAGCUGCAGCAAUACACGCUGCAGCAGCAACAGGCCAGCCAGAAGCAGCAUCUACUCUACCGGCAGCACCAACUCUACCAGCAGCAGCAGCAGCAAUUGCAGUAUCAGGAACGGCAGCAGCAGCAAAAACAGCGACAGCAGCAACAGCUGCAAAUGUGGCAGCAGCAGCAGCAGCAGCAGCAGCAGCACACUUGGCAGCAACACCAGACCUUCCAGCAGCAGCAAAAUAGGCAACAUCAAUAUAAGUAUCAGUGGCAGCAGCAGCAGCAGAGUCUGCUGCAGCACGAGCAGCAUCAGCGGCACUUUCAGCAGCGGCAGGAGCAGCAACAGCAGUUGCAGCAAUUGCAUCAAUUGCAACAACAGCAGGAGCAACAACAUUGGCAUUUCCAGCAGCAGCAGCAGCAACAGCAGAGGCAAAUGUUUGACCCUCUCCAUCGCUGCUGCAGCAGCCACUUUAGCUCUGCUUGGCAGCAGGGCAAGCAGCACCAGCAACAGCAGCAGCAGCAGUGGCAGCAGCGGCAGCAGCAGUGGCACCAGCGGCAGCAGCAGCCGCGUUCGCGAUGCCGGCCGCGGCAGCAGCAGCAGCACCAGCAGCACCAGCAGCAGUACUACGGCCAGCAGCAGCAUCAGCAGCAGCAGCAGCAGCAGCAGCAGCAGCGCCCGCUGCAGUGCUGGCGUCCAGUGUCUCUCCAGAAACCCUAA